GCGCACGCAGGACAUCGCACCCGGACGCUCGCCUCCGCCGCCUGAGAGAGAAUAUGGAUUUUGCCACAAGAAGAUGGUUCUACCUGCUGCUGGGCUGCAUGAUGCUGAUAAAUCUGAUUAACGUGGAUUUUGAAUUACAAAAGGGGGUGCUUGCCAGCAACAGCCCAGGGAUCAUGGAAGACAUUGAUCUCCAGUGCUGGAAUGCUUGCUCUUUGACACUGAUAGAUCUCAAGGAAAUCAAGAUAGAGCACACUGUGGAUUCCUUCUGGAAUUUCAUGUUGUUCCUACAAAAAUCCCAGCGGCCUAGACAUUAUAAUGUCUUCUUAAGCAUAGCUUAGGAUUUCUGGGACAUGUAUGUAGACUGCUUGCUUUCAAGAUCCCAUGGAAUGGGCAGAAGACAGGUGAUGCCUCCCAAGUAUAAUUUUCCACAGAAGAUAACAGGAGGUAAUUUAAAUGUGUAAUUAAGAGAAUAG